UUAUAAUUCAGUACAUUCAGCCAAUUGAGUAUCUUCGACAUGUUCCAAUUUUACGAAAAUGACUCUAUAAUAAAGUUAUUAUAGAAAAUGAAAAGAAAUGCGUACUUGUUUGGGGAUGCAUGGGCUGGCAAGAGAGGAAGGAAUUGAAGUGCAUAUAAAAUGGGAGAAGAGGAAAGGAGAAUAGAAGGGGUAGUAGUGUCACAUGCCUUCAUUUAUACAUGUCGUUGACCUUUCAUCCUUUGCUAUCAACUAGCUGCCCAUCUCUUCUAUGACACUAAUAUAUUCUCAAGCUCCUUCCACACCACUCAUCACUCUAAGCUUCCCACUCCCUCAAUCCUCAUCUCCUCCUCCUCAUCCUCAUAUAUAUAUAACCUAUUUGCCCACAAAUUCCUCCUCUAGAAUCAACCCCCCCAUCACGUUACAUAUUUUGCCCCAAAUUAACUAAACAUAGCUAAUACACUACAGAUCAAAACUCCCUUACUUUAUAUACCCAUAUUAGUUCAUUAGCAUACUUUUGGUUGAUUUUGAUCCGCGGGAUAUGGGGCGAUCGCCGUGCUGCGACAAAGUCGGGCUGAAGAAAGGGCCGUGGACGCCGGAAGAAGAUCAGAAGCUUUUGGCCUAUAUUGAGCAGCAUGGCCAUGGCAGCUGGCGGGCUUUGCCUUCCAAAGCUGGUCUGCAAAGAUGUGGAAAGAGUUGCCGUCUGAGAUGGACCAAUUAUCUAAGACCUGAUAUUAAGAGGGGGAAAUUCAAUGUGCAGGAAGAACAAACCAUUAUCCAACUCCAUGCUCUUCUAGGAAACCGGUGGUCCGCCAUAGCCACGCACUUGCCGAAGCGGACGGAUAAUGAGAUAAAGAAUUACUGGAAUACCCAUCUGAAAAAGCGGCUGGCGAAGAUGGGGAUCGAUCCGGUGACCCACAAGCCCAAGAACGACGCCCUCUUGACAUCCUCCAACGACGGCAACUCCAAGAGCGCCGCCAAUCUCAGCCACAUGGCCCAGUGGGAAAGCGCCCGCCUCGAAGCCGAAGCCAGGCUCGCCCGGCAAUCCAAGCUCCGGUCCGCUUCCACCACCCCUCUCGCCCAGACCGCCGCAUCUCCGGCGUGCCUUGAAAUUCUAAAGGCAUGGGGUAGCUUCGAUAGUGGACCCUUCUCUCUCGCCGGACUCGAGGAUCCCAUCGAGUCCCCCACGUCGACUCUGAGCUAUUCGGAUAUCAAGCCGGCGCACAUGUCUGGGAUGCCGGCGCCGGAGCACUUACAGCCGGAGUACAAACACGUCGACGAGUUCCCGCCGGAGAUGAUGGAGAGCGCGUGGACGCACGACCAGAUCCCCGGUGGGAAUUUCGUGGAGAGGUUCACGGAUCUUUUGCUGAGCGCAAAUUCGACGGAGGAACGGUGCUUGUCGGAGGCCGGUAGCACGGAGUCCGUGAACGCCGGCGACGGCACCGGCAAUCAUUGUUAUGAAGAUAACAAGAUUUACUGGGACAGCAUACUAAAUCUGGUCAAUUCUUCGCCGUCGGAUUCGCCUAUGUUUUAGAAGCACAGUAUAAUAGAGUAAAAAUUUCAUUUCCUUCUAGACGUUUUGCAAACGAUCUUACUUUUAUCCUUAUCACAGACGAUUCAUUUUAGUCGAAUGCUGAAAAUUAUCUGUUACAAGAACGAGAUAUAGAGAACGUGUACGAAAUGUGUGGGAAGGACGUGUACAACAAAAAUUGUUCUAAGAUAGAGUAUGGUGUUGAUUGUAUGUACUAUCUAGUGUCAUUAUUUUAAAAAAAAUCACUUAGAUCACCAUUAAAAGUUUACAUUGUAUUCUAAACAUCAAACCUUAAUUCUUAUUAUUGUCGUUCUAUCUUAAACCGGAC